AUGGGGAGGUGGUGAGUGGUGAGUGAUGGACUGGGCUGGUGGGAGUUCAGUUGGUGAGGCUAGGUAUGUCUUGGGGGGUAUGGGUCUGGGUAUGGGUAUGAAGAUGGGUAUGGAGAUGGGUAUGGAGAUGGGUAUGGAGAUGGGUAUGGAGAUGGGUAUGGAGAUGGGUAUAGCGGAGAUGAGAUACAUGUUUUCUUUACACAAGUAGAAGUAGAACAAGAAGAGGGUAAGGUAAUUAUGGGGAAAUGAUACGCGGUGAGAUGGUAUUAUAUCAAACUAGAUUGCCUCACCAUAUACAUUACUCGAACGGGAGGAGAUGGAGAUGGAGAUGGAGAAGGCGGGGGAGGGACGAAGGGGGACUUCAAGUGUAGAUGCUCUGUGAGAGGUCAUGUGUCAGUCUCAGUCUCGACAUAUACACGCAAUGCAUGUAGCGCGCUAUCUCACCUCAGUAAUCUGGUUCACCUGUAACCCCGGCUCAGCCAUGUUGGCAUCUUUCAAAAAUUCCAACGGCAUCCAGACCAAAUGGCCCUUGAUCUUGUCCAAC